AUGCGAUUGUUAUUCGAAGUCGAGAUAUGUCCUAUGGAGGAAUCAACUCUGGGUUUGGAAAUGGGACAGUUAAUCCGACCCUGCCUGCUUACAGGGAGUUCUGCUUUAAAUUAUGCAAAGGAGAACGGGCUCUUUAAAGACAACACAGUCAAAAUCAGUCAGCGAAAACGAGGGGAGCGUUAUUUGGAACUAUUAGAGGAGAGCAAGAAGCAGGAAACAAGCGAUACUGUUGGAUGUCUGGUGAUGGAGAAUGGCCAUAUCGUCGUUGCUUCGAGCAGUGGAGGAAACUGGCUGAAGCAACCGGGUCGCGGAGGAUUGUGCUCGGUUCCUGGGGCUGGAGCAUGGUGUGAAGACGGCGUUGGAUGCGUCUGUUCUGGAUAUGGAGAAUGCUUUAUGCGAAGUUUAUUCGCAAAACGAUGCUGCGAUCUACGAGGGACAGCUGAAGAGAUCGCCGAACUCAUGCAAAACACUUUACUCAAAGAUAUGCAGCAAAUGAAAAUCACGCUGGAUCCUGUGUUUGCAGUCGCCUUUCUUGAUGAGCGGCAAUCUGCAAUGCAUAUCGUUCAUUCAUCGACCCAUUUUGGGUUUGGAUAUCGCUCAGAAACCACAAGCCAAGUCGAAAUCUCUGAGAAAACAAACACGCAACAGUUUCAAAUUCAUACUAUUCACAUUUUUCACCUUUGUUGA